AUGGCGGUUGCCGGGGUGAAAGGUCAGGUGAGCCCAGGCACUCCCAACAUGGCGGCUGCCGGGGUUGUGGUGGCGGGGGCGGCAGAGAGCAGCCUGGGACCCCCGGCGGGAACGGCGGCCCGAGCCCGGCGGCCGCCCUCGGGUCCACCAGCGCGGCUGCCCCCGCUGCUCGUGCUGCUGGCGGCGGCGGCCGGGCCGGGCGCGGGCGGCGCGGCGCGUCUGUACCGCGCGGGCGAGGACGCCGUGUGGGUGCUGGACAGCGGCAGCGUGCGCGGGGCUACGGCCAACAGCUCGGCCGCGUGGCUGGUGCAGUUCUACUCUUCGUGGUGCGGCCACUGCAUCGGCUACGCGCCCACCUGGCGGGCCCUGGCCAGGGACGUGCAAGACUGGGCCGCCGCCAUCCGCGUCGCCGCCCUGGACUGCGCGGAGGACAGCAACCGCGAGGUGUGCCAGGCCUACGACGUCCACUACUACCCCACCUUCCGGUACUUCAGGGCCUUCACGCGGGACUUCACGGCCGGAGAGAACUUCAAAGGGCCCGACCGAGAGCUGCAGACGGUGAGACAGGCCAUGGUCGACUUCCUGCAGAACCACACGGAUGCCAACUGGCCACCUGCCUGCCCGGCGCUGGACCCCAUCCGGCCCGGCGACGCGCUCUCCCUCAUCGACAAGCGUGACGGCCGCUGCGUGGCGAUCAUGCUCGAGAGCAGCGGCUCGUAUGUCGGACGUGAGGUGAUGCUGGACCUGAUUCCCUACGAGAACAUCGCCGUGAAGCGAGUGCUGGACGCCGACCAGGCCUUUCUGGAGAAGCUCGGUGUCUCCUCCCUUCCGUCCUGUUACCUGAUUCACCCCAACGGGUCCCACGGGCUGAUUGACAUCGCGAAGCCUCUCCGGUCGUUUUUCUCCUCUUACCUGAAGUCGUUGCCGCACGUGAGGAAAAAGUCGCUCUUGCUGCCCGAAAAGCCGAGCGCGGGAGAGAAGGCGGAGGCCGUGGAGUGGAGGGAGUUUGACAGGUCGAAGCUGUACACGGCGGACCUGGAGUCCGGGCUGCACUGCCUCCUGCGGGUGGAGCUGGCCGCCCGCAGCUCCCUGGCCGGGGCCGAGCUGAGGGCGCUCACCGACUUCAUCACCGUCGUCGCCAAGCUGUUCCCUGGCCGGCCGCCUGUCCGGAGGCUGCUGGAGAUGCUGCAGGAGUGGCUGGCCAGCCUGCCCCUGGACAGGAUCCCCUACAACGCUGUGCUGGACCUGGUGGACAACAAGAUGCGGAUUUCUGGAAUAUUCCUGACCAACCAGAUAAGGUGGGUGGGAUGUCAAGGAAGCCGACCGGAGUUGAGGGGCUACUCGUGUUCCCUCUGGAAGUUGUUCCACACGCUGACCGUCCAGGCCGGGGCCCGCCCAGACGCGCUGGACGGCACAGGUUUGGAAGGCGACCCCCAGGCCGUGCUGCAGGCCAUCAGGAGGUACGUGCGCACCUUCUUCGGGUGCAGUGAGUGCGGGGAGCACUUCGAGCAGAUGGCCCAGGAGUCCCUGGGCUCCGUGAAGACCUCGGACCAGGCCAUCCUCUGGCUCUGGGAGAAGCACAACCUCGUCAACAGCCGCCUGGCAGGCCACCCGAGCGAGGACCCCAGGUUCCCGAAGGCCCCAUGGCCGACUCCGGACCUCUGCCCGGCCUGCCACGAGGAGACGCGGGGCCUGGACAGCUGGAACGAGGGCCAGGUGCUCCUGUUCCUGAAGCGGCACUACGGCAGCAGCAACCUCGUCCACACGCACGCCGCAGCCCUGGGCGGUGAGGGCGAGCCUGCGGGGCAGGGGCCUGGCCACGCGGACCCCGGGGCCCAGAGCCUGCAGGCCCCCGGCGCGCCGCCCCACACGCCUGGCCUGUCCGAGCGGGCGCGCCCGGGAGCUGGGGCCGCAGGCCGCCAGGAGGCGGAGGCGGCGGCGCCCUUCCUGGGGAUGGGCUUCUCCAGCCUGGACAUGAGCCUCUGCGUCCUGCUGUACGUGGCCUCCUCCCUGUUCCUGAUGCUGCUGUUCUUCUUCUUCCGCGUGCGGGCCAGGCGCUGGAAGGUCCGGCACCACCACCCGGGGGUGUAGCCGCCCGGGGCCGGGGCGCCUGUGGACGCAGCCCCGUGCUCGCAGCGUCAACAGCUCUGAUCAGGGAUGUGGACCUGAGCCUCGCCUGCCUUCGCGCCCCAAGGCAUCCCUGCGCUGGGGCGGGGUGGGGCGUCUGCGCUCCCGGCGCACUCAGCAGGUGCCUCGGGCAGAAGACGGCAAAACGGCGUCUGUGCUGUCACGCUUCUAGGCCUGGACACGGGCGGGUGUGCCUUGCGUGGCGCCCUCGCUCGCCUCGAGUUUACUAGACUCCGCGUCCGUCCGUCCUGCAAGGCCUUGUUCUGGCACUGGGAGAAACCCUGCCCGUUCCUGCCGUGGAGACGAGGGGCGACCGGGGGCCGCCGCAGAGCCUCGCGGAGCCGGUGCUGGGCUGCGGAAGUGCCCCCUGCCCGGUGGGCGGCCUGUCAUGAAGAGGGCAGUCUUGGCCCAGAUCCGAGCGUGGGCCUGUGCGUGGGAGGAGGGCGGUGGCCCGGCUCCUUCCUCCGGGACAGUGCCUUCGCCCUUCCCUGUGUCACUCUGGUGACGGGAGAGAGCCCGUUGAGCGGGGGCCACCCCGGCCUGCCUGCUGUCCCUGGGCAGUUGCUGUCACCGCCCCGGUCGUCCGGCCCCUGCAGGUCUGCGGAGGACCUGGGCCCGGGGAGCUGGCCGCCCACACGAAAGGGGCGGCACAGCGCCUGUCCCCGGGCUUGGGUGGCUGAUUGCUUGCCGUUUGCCGGUUUUAGCACAUUAUUUGUAAAACCCAAACCUUCGGAGGUGACCGGAGACAAAUUCUGCUGGGGGCGUUGCCAGGGAGACCCGUGCGGGAGCUCAGCGGCGUAUGCCCGGCGGGUGCGCAUGCGCGUCACUGUGAAGGCCGCAAGGCGCUCCCUCCGCCCCGCCCGUUCCGGGCGCCUGUGCUGGCUCCUCGCCGCGGACGGCGAGGCUGUACUUGUGAGACCGCUGCCAUGCCCGUGUCGCUGCUGCGGCCUGGGGACCUGAGUCUCCAGCGCGCAUGGGCUUGGCGCCCCAAGCAGGGGGCGGGGCCUGCCGCCUGAGCCUGCCCCUCCCUCCCGUUUUAAAGCCCCUGAGCUGGUCCCUGUGGUCUGUGUGUGCCCGAGUCGCCGAGGACCCCGUGGUGGUCCUUUUCCGCCUGAAGCCCCGCAGGGUUCCCGGAGUCGGAGGGACAUGCUUAGAGCCGUUCAUUCAGCUGCCCUGGGUUCAUGGCCAAUGUCCUCCUCUUCCCAAAGCCGGUUUUUGCAGGCUGGGCGCCCCGUCCCAGGUCACAGCCUGUCGGACAGGCGGCGUCAGCUUGUAAACACCAUGUGAGGGUCGUCAUAGUGCCGCGGGCAGGGGUCACCACCCUGAGGGACACGCUCACGACUUGCGGGGGGGCUGGGUUUUCAGCAGUCGGUCCGUGGGGAGGGGUGUGCCAAGGCGGCCACGGCCGUGCGCCUCACGUGCGGGCGCGAGCGGUCCCGCACACCGCGUGUGGCCCGCCCGGCGCGGGGUGCUGCCUCUGGGCCAGGCUUACGGUUUAUUUUCUAAAGCUGUAAAUACUGAGACAAGGAAUAUAAUGAUGGUUCGGUAACUUAAACGUAUUUAUUUUUAAUGGGAGAAUUUUGAUUACAAAGAAGCCAAUUGACAUGGGAAUGUCAGUGAAAUUUCUUACCUGCAAGGGAAGUGAACAUUUUGUAUUUAAGUAAACUGUACUUGUGCACAUUUUGAAAUAAAGAAACCUGACGUUUGAA